CAUUUUUAAAAAAUAAAAAGAGUCCCUAGCCGGUUUGGCUCAGUGGAUAGGGCGUCAGCUUCUGGACUGAAGGACCCAUCCACUUCCUCAGGGUGGAUAUAGCUACGGUUCAACCCAAGACUAGGCCAGACCUGCCUGCUCCUGCCCCUCAGGGUGUGGCCCCGAGCAGGUGCUAGACACACUCCACUGCUGGCAGAAAUUGGUCCCUGUUCAAUGCUGACCUCUCCACUUGCACCAUCCUCAGGGAGCAUUCCAGGAGCAGCUGAUGGCACUCAAAGCAGGAUCAAGGUCCAGCUUCUGUCCCAGCCCCAGAUCUGCCCUAGGAGCCCAGACCCCCAAGAAGGAACACACAGCCAAGAGCAGAAAUCCCUGCCAGUUGUCCCCACCAAAGCCACUAUCAGAGAAGCAGGCUGGCAAAGCUUUGGAAGAGGAAAGUCAAGUCCAGGGAGGUGAAGAGUCCAGCUAAACCAUUCAGGAGAGGGCAGAGUCCUGGCUUCCUAAAAUCAGAGACCCUGGGCCUGGAGUCUUGGCCCCACCUGAUUCAUCUCUUCUUCACCCUGCUGCAUGGCCCGCAGGCCACCUGUGUAGACAAAGGCAAGGACUUCCAAGACUGAAGGGGGAAAAAUCAGGGACGUUUCUCCCCAGCUCCUUGCCUGUGGGUCACUGUGGCCUCUACCAAAGGUCACUGCCUCUCUCAAGGUCACCCUCUCUAUGCUAUCCUUCCCAGGCUCCGAUGAUCAUCCCUCCCCUUCUCCAGGAGUGUGUGACUACUGUUGGUGUUUCCUACACUCUGCUCCCACCUUUGUAAGUUAUGCCCUUAUUACACCCUCAGACUGCCCCCAAUUGGAGUAUGUCCUGUUUUCUACUGGGACCUGGACUGAUACAACACCUGCCCUGAAUUUCCAGGAUUGCAGUCACCAGCCCCACCACUGGUCAAGCAGUCCUAGCUCCACAUCUGGAGGCAUGGGUAGACCAGGGUGUCCCCAUAGCCCCCUGCUACCUCCAGUCCCAGCCAAGUGUGAGGUCACUCUCUGUAGACAUUUGGUCUGCAGCCUACUGGCCAGCCUUCCAGGAUUCUGAGUCCAAGGGGCUCAAGUCAGGACCUCACUACCCCAGAUACUCCUCCUUUAUGACUUCACCCACUGAAGUCAUCUGGGAGACAAUGCUGAACGUUCCACCCCAGAGUCUGGGCCUCUAGGAGGCAGGGACAGCAGGCCAGGCCAGCCUAGAGGACUAUCCGUCCACAGUGUAAAUGAGGACACGGCUGGCCCAUGUCUUGCAGGGAUGUAGAGGGCAGCCUCAGAGGCACUGGGUGCUCCUGGCACCAUGGAUGAUGCUGCCAUCCUCAAGCGACGAGGCUAUAUCAUGGGGAUAAAUUUAGGAGAGGGCUCAUACGCAAAAGUCAAAUCCGCUUACUCUGAGCGCCUCAAGUUCAAUGUGGCGGUCAAGAUCGUCGACCGCAAGAAAGCCCCCACAGACUUCUUGGAGAAAUUCCUUCCCCGGGAAAUUGAGAUUCUAACCAUGCUAAACCACCGCUCCAUCGUCAAGACCUAUGAGAUCUUUGAGACAUCGGACGGCAAGGUCUAUAUUGUCAUGGAGCUUGGGGUUCAGGGUGACCUCCUUGAAUUCAUCAAAACCCGGGGAGCCCUGCACGAAGAUGAUGCUCGCAAGAAGUUCCACCAGCUCUCCUCCGCCAUCAAGUACUGCCAUGACCUGGACGUUGUCCACCGAGACCUCAAGUGCGAGAACCUUCUCCUUGACAAGGACUUCAACAUCAAGCUGUCUGACUUUGGUUUCUCCAAGCGCUGCCUACGGGAUGAUAGUGGCCGACUGGCACUGAGCAAGACCUUCUGUGGGUCGGCGGCAUAUGCGGCCCCCGAGGUCCUGCAGGGCAUCCCCUACCAGCCCAAGGUCUAUGACAUCUGGAGCCUGGGCGUGAUCCUCUACAUCAUGGUCUGUGGCUCCAUGCCCUACGACGACUCCAACAUCAAGAAGAUGCUGCGCAUCCAGAAGGAGCACCGCAUUAACUUCCCGCGCUUCAAGAGCCUGACCAGUGAGUGCAAGGACCUCAUCUACCGCAUCCUGCAGCCGGACGUCAACCGGCGGCUGCACAUCGACGAGAUCCUCAGCCACUGCUGGGUGCAGCCCAAGGUCCGGGGCCUGUUCUCUGCAGCCAUCAUCGACGAGGAGGGGGAGAGCUCAGGGGUCCGUGAGCCCUCAGGGGUCCAUGAACCCCCAUGGGUCCCUGAGCGGGGCUCUGACAAGAAGUCUGUCACCAAGCUGGAGCCCCAGGAGGCACAGCCUGAGGUGAACCCAGAGUCACAAGCCAAGGAGGAGAUUCUGCAAGAGGUGUCGAGGCCGUUGGAUACCAGAAGCCCAGCCCCUACAGAGGGGCAGCCGAGCAGGGACACCGUGGAAGGGGGGCUCCCUGAAGCCUCCAGACACACACACCUAGUGAGCCUCUUACAUGGCCCAGGGGCGGGCAGGGAAUGAGGCAGAGCUCAUAGCUUCGAGCCUGAGCUCCAAAAAAAAGCCAAGGGACAAGCCACUGAAGGAAGACAGUCCUGGAUGAGCCGUUAUUUUCGUUUCUUUUCCCUCCCUUUGAACUUGGUAACCCACAUGGUAAAAAAGCAAUAAAUAACUAUAUUAGUGCAGAUUGUAAGGUGCUUGUCUUUCCCCAGCUGACUGCGGUCGUCUAAGAAGAGGAUCCAUCCCACCACACCCCAAGUUUGGAAAAUAUAUCCCAGUGUGCCCAGCCAUGACCAUGACCUCAGGCCUUCAACCAGAGCAGAGAGCUGAGUGCGGAAGAUGCUGCUUCAAGAGGGAGGCUAUGAGUGUGGUGCUGGGGGAGGGGGGACAUGGAGAGCACAGGCCCAAGAAGGGCUGCGUGUACAAGCCUACUGGUGGGGAGGGGCCUGCGGAGGGCAGAUGCACCAGCUUCUCAGACUCUCUUCAUCUCCCCACCUUAAAGGGCAACUUAGUUUUUCUGCUUGGUCCACCAGGGCUUCUCCGUGUCCAGCAGGCUCCCAGUUCUCAAUGGCGCCGAGUCACCCCACCCUGUGGCCAUUGCCCCAGCUCAGGUGAAGCAGGAGGCUCUGCUGGACAGCCCAGCCACACUCCAGCCCACAUGUCCCACAGCUGUGUGGCCUGGAUCUCACCCUGUUCCCCUCUAGUCCCAGUCUGUCCCAGGGGUGAUACUCCCUGCCAGAGUAGAUAAGCUUAUACUGGUAAGAGACAAGACAGGUGUCCUCACAAGGCAUGCCUGAACUCUGUGGUAUCUUUGUCCCAUAGCAGGAGCAGGCUUACACGUAACAUCACCAACCACCGUGCUUUGCAGGGCCCUGCUUGGCCUUUUCUAUGCAGUCCUCACCUCUGCUGUGAUGGCCCUUUCUCUUCCCGCUCUGCACUCACUGACUUCUUGUGGACCUGCAGGGUUAACACACCAAAAGGGCAAGAGCCUCAGACUCACCCCACCCCGACACCUCCGUUUUAGGAAAACCUGAACCCCAGCCCGCUGGGAGAAGUGAGACCCCGUCAGUGUCCCAGACCUGCCCUCUGCAACCCUCCCCAUAGUUAGUCCAAUGCUCUGUCUGGCUCUGCCCUCCCCACAACCCCCUUUCCCACGGUAUUCUCAUAUGCCCUGCCAUUGCCUCCCACAGCACCCAGUCUGGCUCCCUCUGCUGAGGGAAGGAUCCCAGUGUCUAGCCUUGGAGGUCCUCCCAGGUCUGACCUCUUCCUGGCCACCCAGCCUCUUCCCUCACCCCCACCCCACACAUACAUUUUAUAAUCAUCCCUGCAAACCUUAUCUCUCUCUCCAGGCUCAGCUGAGGGGCCAUGGCCUCCACAAGGCCUCCUGGGGGCCCCUACAGCACUCAGCAGCCAGCCACUGAGCUCCACCAGGCAGGCCAGUGAGUGCCCAGGGUCCAGGCACAGAACAGGCCCUGAGUAAGACUGGAGCAGUCCCCCAAUUUCUUAGUGAGGACUGCAGGCUCCAGGAGCCCAGCCAUGCAGCUUGGCUGAUGGUGGAGGGCAAUUACAGUAUACACUUGAGUGGAACUGACAUAGGGACAUCCCGAGGAGAGGCUCCUAAGCCGCCUCCUCUUGGUCCUCUCUGCAGCCUGCUGCAUCCUCUAGGCAGCGGGCAGUGUGCGGCAAGAGGGCCUGGAGUCUCACUGCAGCCCAGCGAGGAGGUGAGCCUGGGUAGGAGGGGCUGCAGGAAGGAGCACCUACUGUGUGCUUUGCAAGUGGGGAAACAGCUCAGAGAGGGGAGACUUCUUGACUGAAGCCACACCUCCCCAGGUGGCCUCACGGGGCUCAACCCUGGCAUAGACCUCCUCAGUGACUCUUUCACAAAGGUUUUAGGAUCAAGACCCUCAACAUGGAUGCUGUGUUGCCCUGACCGGUUUGGCUCAGUGGAUAGAGCGUCGG